AUGAAUGGAAGCAAUUCGGUAGCAUUCUGCGGCCAGCAAUUGGUUGGCGUGUCAAUUGCAAUCGCCGUCGUCCAGAUUCUGAUUGUCGCCCUCCGCUUCUACACGCGGCACAUGCAGCGCCUGAGAUACGGCGCCGAUGACUACUUGAUCAUCCCGGCACUGUUGGCCAGCUUAGGACAAUCCGCGCUCUAUACGUACCUGGUCAAACGUGGCGCAAUCGGGUAUCAUCUCAAAUACGUCGAGAGAAAUCCCGAGAGAAUGGUCAUCCUCGGGAAGGGCCUCUAUGCCAAUGAAAUCCUCGAUUUUCCUUUCACCGUGACUCCGGCCAAGAUUUCCAUUCUACUCUUCUACAUCCGUAUCUUCGACGUUCCCAGGUUCCGCAUCCUAGCCUCGAUUGUUGGGGCGAUCGUGCUUUGCCACGGAAUUGGGGUCUUGUUCGCGGCGAUAUUCCAGUGCAAGCCCAUCGCAUACACGUGGGACAUGGCAAUACCUGGAGGAUCUUGCUUCGAUCAAGAGGCCUUCUAUCGCUACGUCUCUCCACCUAACAUCUUAACCGAUAUUUUGAUUUUGAUCAUGCCGCUGCCUUACGUGUGGAAGCUGCACACCCGAAUAGGACAGAAGAUGGCGCUCACUGGUGUCUUCCUGCUGGGCAGUCUGGGCACCGUGGCGAGUGUUCUUCGUAUGACCAUCUUCUUCCAGGAAAGCGCGAUGACAGACCCGACCUGGACAUCUGUCAAGCUUGGCAUCUGGACCAUUCUGGAAGGCGGGGUCAUCAUUAUUGCUGCCUGUCUCCCUGCCAUCUGGCCCCUGUUUUCCAAGAUGGUGCCCCGGAGACUACUCACCAACUCGUCGUCGAAACAGCUGCCACGGCAUCAAUACAACGCGACACCACGCACCCCGAAAGGGAGCAGCGGCUUUUCACGACUCGGGGAUAGUACGGAAGGCUCCAAAUGGCCCUUAAAUCAGAGGUUGUCUCACGAGGUCGAUUCCGAUCGGCACACAGAAGAGAUUUCGCUGGAUGGAGUGUCGCGAGUCCACGAAGCAUGA